GUUCUAACCAUGGCACAGGAUCCUUAUCUUAUAUACACAAAGAAAUGAGAAUGUGCAGAAAGAGAGAGAGGCACAGUGUUCAGAAGAGAAGAAAAAAACCCAGAGGUUCAAUUAUCCAUCUCCAUGGCGUCGUCCUUUGGAUGGUGGGGUAGAAUAGGCAGCAUGUCUGCGUUGAAUAUGAGCAGAAGCAGAGGAGAGAGUGUGGGAAGAGUAGUGAGCGUGAAGGGCGAAACCCAGAAAGAGCCUCGGAAGCUGGGAGUCGGGUCGCCCAUUGUGAUAGUGGAAGCUCCCAAGGUGAUCAAGACAGCCGCCUCGAUCCCUUGCCUCAGGCCCAACUCUGGCCUCGUCAACCCCGGUGAUGUCGGAAGAAUUGUGUCGAGGAAACCCAAGGACGUGUGGGCGGUUCGAUUAGCCGUUGGAACGUAUCUUUUGGACGGCAAAUACUUCAGAGCCUUGGAAGAACUCGACGGCGACCGCUUAGAACAAACUCCUCUUUGAUCUUUCUUCUUUAUUUUCAAACAAAUGAAACUGUUCACGUUCCAAUAAUUGAUCUUUGUCCAAUGCAUCUAUCUCUAUGUGAAGUCCCCCCCCCGGAGAGAGAAUAUCUUCAACUUCAAUAUUCA